AUGAUCACGCUCUCCCGCGGAAUUCUGUCUCCAAGAAUUGGAGGAAGCUUUUCUGCGACGGCCUUGCCAAUGUUUCACGCGAGAGGAGGAAAGUCGAACAAUGGGAAUUGCAUUUCAGAUGGCGGAUGA